AUGUCAUCCCAAGACUACCCACCAGUACAGUACUACGACAUCCCCAACUUUACUUUCCACAAUGGUGAUACACUCCCCUCAGUCCGUCUCGCCUACCAGAUCCUCAACCCGCGCCAAACAAAAGUCGCAGUCGUACACACCUGUUUCCGUGGCCGCAUCUCCACGACCCUAACGCAUGCCGACUGGGCGCUCAGAGACUACAAAGUAAUCGUCAUAGCGCUCUUCGGCAAUGGCGAGUCCUCUAGCCUUUCCAACACUCCAGACUUCCCGGCUACCAUCGACUACAUGGACUGCGUGAAGGCGCAGCACAAGCUCCUUACCGAGGAACUGCAGAUUGAUGAAGUUGAUGUCAUGCUCGGAUUCUCCAUGGGCGGGCAGAUCACGUACCACUGGAUUGCCACGCACAGGAGCUUUGUCAAGAAUGCAGUCAUUGUCUGUUCGUCUGCACGGACGAGCAAACAUAACUUCCAGUUCCUCGAGGGCCCCAAGGCGGGGCUUCAGAACGCCAAAGAUGCCGAGUCGGGAAUCAGGGCGUUUGGAAAGGGGUAUUCUGCCUGGCUGACGAGCGCGGACUGGUUCGAUCAGGAGCUGUACAAAGAGAUGGGGUUUGAUGACCUAAGUGCGUGGGACGAGAACGCCACGUUCAAGGGAUACGAGGGCUGGACUGGAGAGGAUCUACUGGCCAUGUUGGGUAUGUGGCAGCGUGGCGACAUCACGCGGUGUGUGCAAGGUGCGGACGGAGACCUGUCAAAGGGCCUGAAGCACAUCGACGCACGAGUGUUGCUGAUGCCGUGCGAGACCGACCAGUACUUCAGACCAUCAGCUAGUGAGAGAGAGGUGCAGAACCUAAAAGGUGGGAGAGUUGAGGUUGUACCUAGUAUCUGGGGUCACAUUGCUGGUGGUGGAGCGAACGAGAAAGACGUCAGAUGGAUGGAAGGAAAGAUCGCAGAUUUCCUCCAGGGAGGCUAUCAAGGUUGA